AUGUCUCUCCCUCCCGAUCUGAGGGUGCUCUGCCGCCGCCUGACUUCGACACCACCGGCCCAGCUGCCUCACUCCAUCCCGGCCUUCAUCAACCAUGUCCUCCGCUGCAAGGACGUUCUCUCUGCGCCUCAAGACCAAAAGUCGAAAGACAACAAUGCUGCAGAGAUAGCCGCUCUGGUCCACAAGCUGAGGACGAUCAUCACGACUCUUUUGAACGGCAAGAGCGCCAUGGGUCGUUUUACCGGCGCAACCCUCGUCAAGGCUGUUGUUGAUGUUGGUGGAUGGGAAUGUCUCAAGGAAUCUGGAAACUGGGUUCGCGCUCUCCUUGCCAUGAUCCAAAAAAAUGACCCGUUCCCCGUGAAAGAGAUUGCUGUUGUCACUCUCGUGAGGAUAUACACUCUUGUUCAUGAAUAUCAGACUCUCACCAGAGAGAUCUCAACGCCCACCAUCCCGACCUUCUUCAAUGCGUGCCUUCAACUGAUCAAGCUUCCUACGACGGGUGAGCGCCUGAAGACUCCCCUCGUCGUCGUGGAGACUAUUCUCGACGCAUUUGCCACUCUCAUCCCCUUAUACCCAACCACCUGCCGCCCCUUCAACGGCCAGAUCAAGACCGCUAUCAAACCGUACCUCGCACCAACCUCUUCGGAUGGCGUCACAAUCCCCCAGUCCCUUCGUCGCGCCAGCAGACACCUCGCUCUCUCGCUCCACUACACCACCGCCGGCAAGACAGGCCCGACCGACGACUGGAACAAGCUCGUUGAGGAGAUCAGGAAGGGCUUCCACUCGACCGCCGACCAGGUCUUCCGCGCGGUGCAGGAGUCGUGGGAGUCUACAGCGGCGUACACCCGCUCCAAGGUCGACUUCGACGCGCCCCCGCAAGGAGCCGACGCCGCGGACCAAUUGCCCCCUUGGACGGGAAUCUCUGCCGGUCGCGACAGACUGGUCGGCCUGCUCCAGUACCUGGCCGACGCACUUCGCUACCCCACAAAGUCCGCCGUCACCGUCCCCGUCGGUGCGUUGAUGGACGUCGUGUCCCGCGUCUCGUUGAUCAGCCGCAACUCCAAGUCCCAGUCAUGGGACCAGGCGCUGGAAACCCAAGCCGCGGUGGGGAGAGAAGAGAAGGAGGAGCUCUGGGCCGCGAUGCCCGAUAUCCACAUCGCGGCUCUGGAUCUCCUCUUGGUCCUCGUCCAAAGACUCGACCAUAACUCGCUCUCCCUCGCCCCCGAGAUCUACGACAACCUACUCCUCGUCUUCCGCUCCGGCAUCAACAUCCCAUCCGUGCGCCUCGGCGCGUACAGGCUCCUCAACGAGACCCUGCCGAUCUGCGGCCCAGGCCUGCAGAAGCUCACCGUCGAGACCAUCAGCAUCGUCAUCCUCGCCUGCUGCCGCGACAUCCAGCAGGAGACGGGCCACGUCAAGGAGACAAAACCCGCCACCACCAAGACCGCGGCCGAGACCAAGAAGAACGGCAUCGCCGCCAACGCGGACCUCUUCCUCCCCUCGCAGACCUCAUCCUCCGACACCCAGUCCGCCGCCGCGGCGCGACCCGUCCUGUCCGCGGACCACCUCGAGGCCGCCGAGACCCUCCUCGCCGGCCUCCUCUCCCACCUGCCCCAGCGCCACCUCAAGCCCGGCCUGCGCGGCCUCCUCGACCAGACGGCCGUCCUCUCCCGCAACAAGGCCGCCAUGCUCGCCAGCGUCCUCAACCCCUACGUCAACCGGGCCGGCGCCAUGUACCCCAGCAUCCUGCCGUACCUCGCGCAGCAGUACCCGCACGACCGGGGCGUCGAGGUCCUGCGCUCCAACAUCCGCACCUCGACGCAGGCGCCCUCGCCGGCCGACGACUUCGGCCGCGACGCCAACGCCACGCUCCAGGAGCUCGAGGCCGAGCAGGCGGCCAAGGACGGCGAGGACGAGAUCGCGUCCGAGAUCGAGGUCGCCGCGCAGGACGAGGAGAUGACGGAGGCGGACGCUGUCGACGGGGCCCCGGCGGAUACCAUCGUCGUGGCCAACGACGACAACGACGUCGGUGACCCGUUCAAGGCCUCGAAAGGGGGCGAGGCGGGCUCCGUCGAGGUCGCGAACCCCUUCGCCGUGACGUCUUCUCCGCAGAAGCGCAAGCACGACGACGGCGACGCGAGCACCCCGAAGAGGCAGAGCGUGGAGAGGAAAACCGAACGCGUCGUCGUUCCCGAACCAGUCGCGCAGCCCAUACAAGAGACUGCCGACGACGACGAUGACAGCGACGACGAGAGCGUUCAUCUGAAUAUGGAUCUAGACGAGGACGAGGAGGACGAAGAAUAA